GACUCACCAGCGAAGAAUAAAACUGGAAACACAUGAACGCGUUGUCCGGACUUAUGCGCUGCUACAGAAAUCAGGAAACCCCUGUUUCGAGUCAUCAUGCAUCUUCGUCAACGAUGUGUGAAUCUGUUUUGCACAAAACCAUUAUCUUCAGCUCUCCAGCAUUCGACACACAUUCUGCGUCAACCCUCACAUCACACCAUAAUGACAGCACUGCUUCAACACAGCCACAAACAGGUCCCAGUCCACACUCUCCCACGGAGAUACAGUAGAGAGACAUGGAGACCAUGCGGAAUACGCUACUUCAUGGACCAGCAUGCUGCAUCACCAAAUAUUCCAAAUAAUAACAGCAAUCUUACACAGAAAGACGAUGCAAGUCAUCCUAUUCUAUUGGAAAAUUCUGACUUGCAACAAAUAUCAAGCCAAAUAUCUCUCUCUGAUAGUCAAAAUAUUGGUUUGGAUGCAGUUGUGCGGCCUUCUCCAUUACAGGAAAUGAGUGAGGAAGAAGCAGUACAAAUCCAAGUUCCUUCAGCCCUUCCUCCAGUCUCUUUUACACUAAGACCGUAUGUGGAUAAAUCAGAAACUCUCAGCAGACUGGUUCAGCUUGGUGUGGACCUCUGGAAACUAGAGCAGAGACCCAAUGUGGGCUCCAUGCUGGUAAGGCUAGACUUCCAUGAUGAUGUUGCACCCAGGCUACUCUUCCUCAAAGAUCUGGGAGUUGAGGAGUCUAAACUGGGCUCACUGCUCACCAAGAACCCCUUCAUCCUUACAGAACACCUGGAAAACCUUGAAGCCAGGGUGUCCUAUCUGAAGUCAAAGAAGUUCAGUAUGCAGUCUGUAGCUGUCAUGGUGAGCAAAGCUCCAUACCUGCUCAACUUUAGUGUCGAGAGGCUGGACAAUCGGCUUUGUUUUUUCCAGCAGCAGUUGGGUCUCAGUGCUGAGAAGACUCGAAAUGUUGUAACUCGUCUACCAAAACUACUGUGUGGCAGUUUAGAGCCAAUUAAGGAGAAUCUAAAGGUUUGUGAACUGGAGUUUGGCUUUCGUGGAAAUGAAAUACAGCAGAUUGUCACCACAGUUCCUAAAGUUCUAAUUGCUAAUAAAAGAAAACUCACCCAAAUAUUUGACUUGGUUCACAACACCAUGGGCGUUCCACACUCUCUUAUUGCAAAGUUUCCACAGGUCCUUAAUGCAAAAUUUCUUCGCAUCAAGGAGCGACACUUGUUCCUUGAGUACUUAGGAAGGGCCCAGUACCAACCAUCGCAACCCAACUACAUCUCUUUGGAUCGAUUGGUCUUCCUGCCUGAUGAGAUUUUCUGCUCUGAAGUAGCAUUAGCCACUCUUGACGAUUUUGAAAGAUUUCAGAAAACUUUGUAAAUGUACAGAAUUUUCAUAAUCAGUUGAUACUGAUUAUUGCAAAUAUUUCAUAAAUACACAUUUAAAAAUGUAAUUGCCCUUGUUUAUUUUAUUAAUUUGUGUUAAUUUCAUCUUUGUUUUAAUUUCAUCUUGUGUUUAUGUAUUCAAGCAUAGUAAGUACAAUUUAUUUUUUAUUUAUUUGCAAAAACACCAUUUGUUGAGUCUCUUAUAUCCAUUAAGUGCAUUCCAUUUAUGAUGAUUAGAAACCAAGGUUAAAUGACUGAAACAACAAAAAACAUUACUCACUUUGAAAGGUCAUACCAAUACGAACAUCUUAGCCCAGGGGUUUUCAAACUAGAUU